AUGUCAUUAUCCGCCGAGAACAAGCCCAUACAUACAAUCCUCCUCGAUGCCUCCCCGAUCCUCUUGAACACACCAUCGAUAUCGACGCUGACCGCGACAUGCAAUACACUUGUGACCACUUCUGCAGUCAUAUCCGAAAUCAAGGGCGAAGAAGCACGCAAUCGUUUCGAGACACUCUAUAAGCCGUUCAUUGAAAUCCAUACACCCAAACCAGAGAGCAUAAAGUUAGUGCGGGACUUUGCGAGGCGGACAGGUGAUCUAGCUGUGCUUAGUGCAACUGAUAUUGAGGUCCUUGCACUAGCUUACGAACUCGAAUGCGAGCGCAAUGGUGGGGACUGGAGAUUGAGGAGUGUGCCUGGUCAGAAGAGGGUCAAUGGCGCUCCUCCUAAGAAGGAAGAACAAUUGGCGAUAGUGCAGGGUGACGACGCUCCAUCAGUGGCAGACACAACCCGCGAUGCUGCCGGAACAGCUGGGGAGGACAAGAGACUCGAAGAGACUACUGAGGGUUUGCGUGCUGCAACACUCGAGAGUGCUGUCCUAGGACAACAACCACAAGAAGAGUCUGUGCCUCUUCAAGCGAAAGAUGAGGUUGAAGAGAUACUAAAGCCAGAAGUGGAUGGAGUACCUGAGCUGGAGGAAGACAACUCAGCAGAUUCUGACGACGGUUGGAUCACACCAUUGAACAUCAAACGUAGGAAGGCGAAAGACGAAGGCGCAGCAGACACGAAAGACCAACCACAAAAGACGUUGCAAGUAGCCACAAUGACAGGUGAUUUUGCCAUGCAGAAUGUCCUUCUUCAGAUGAACCUGAAUCUUCUGAGCACCAAGAGCUGCAAACGAAUCACCAAUAUCAAACAGACUAUCUUCCGCUGUCAUGCAUGCUUCCAGACUACCAGAGACAUGAGCAAACAGUUCUGUCCUCGAUGCGGUAAGCCCACGCUGACGAGAGUGACAUGCACAACCAACGACAAGGGUGAGGUCAAGUUGCAUCUGAAAGCAAAUUAUCAGUGGAAUAACAGAGGAAACGUUUAUUCUGUACCGAGGCCAACUGCAGGAACUGCCAACCAGAAAUGGAAAGGACCUAAAUCUGGUGGUGGUCAAAGUGGUUGGGGAAAUGAUCUGAUACUGACGGAGGAUCAGAAAGAAUACCAGCGUGCUGUCAAGGGCCAGCAAAGAUCAAGGCAGAAGGACCUGAUGGAUGAAGACAGUCUGCCGGGUAUCUUGACUGGUCAGCGAAGUAGUGCAGGUCGGAUACAAGUAGGCGCUGGAAAGAGCAUUAAUUCGAGGAAGCGGUAA